AUGUCUGAUUUUGAGGAUCAUGGAGGCCAUCAAGAAGAAGAAGAUGAAGAGCAGGGAGAGGGAGAAGAAAGGCCCAAAUACAAGCCAAUGGUCACACAGCUGGCCCCAAAAAUCCCUGAGGGGGAGAGGGUUGACUUUGAUGACAUCCACAGGAAAAGGAUGGAGAAAGAUCUUCUGGAGCUGCAGACGCUGAUUGAUGUCCACUUUGAGCAGAGGAAGAAAGAAGAACAGGAGCUGAUUGGACUCAAAGACAGGAUUGAGAGCCGCCGGGCAGAAAGAGCUGAGCAGCAGCGUGUGAGGGCUGAAAAAGAGCGGGAUAGACAGACAAGGAUUGCGGAGGAGAGACAGAGGAAAGAGGACGAAGAGGCGAAAAAGAGGGCAGAUGAUGAGGCCAAGAAGAAGAAAGUGCUCUCCAACAUGGGGGCUCACUUUGGAGGGUUCCUGGCCAAGGUGGAGCAGAGGCGAGGCAAAAGGCAAACUGCAAGGGAGAUCAAGAAGAAGACUCUGGCAGAGAGACGAAAGCCACUGGCCAUUGAGAACCUGAAAGAAGAUGGCUUGAGAAAGAGAGCCAAUGAGAUGUGGGAGUGGAUCUACCAGCUGGAGUCCGAGAAAUUCGACCUGACUGAGAAGAUGAAAAGACAGAAGUAUGAGAUCAAUGUCCUCCUGAACAGAAUCCAACACGCUCAGAAAUUCAAAAAGGUCCAUGGUAAGGGGAAGGUUGGAGGACGCUGGAAGUGA